GCGGCGUCCAGGAACAUAAACGUAAAUAUUAUUCAAAAUAAAAAUGUCUGAUGCGUAAACACUUUGAGAAGAGAUGACCGAAGACGGUGAACAAACUCCCCCGACGCCUAGUAGUUCUACUUCCGGAAAUGACGUCGAUGUUGAAAAAGCGGAGAAUAUAAAAAGUUUGGAAGCCGACGAGGAUAAUGAACCUUUGGAAAAGGCAAAAGAAAAGGCUCCACCUGGAAUAAAUGCAUCCCUUGUUAUGCUGUACGCAGUAUUUUUCGCCAUGUUCACCACUGGUUGGGUGAACCUAAACAGCUGUCCUCUAAAUAGACUGAUUCCUAUUUACUUGAUAGUGGCAGGUUUUGUGGGUGCCUUAGCGAAAUUCCUUAGCAAAACUGACAAUAAACAUGUAUUCAAUAUCGCAAUGGUUUUGGUAAUAUUUGAUAUUUUUUGGCAUGGCCUAGGUACAUAUGUGGUGUAUACGGAAUAUCAACCUAACUACGACGUCAAUUCAGAAAAUUAUUGCAACAGAACCGCGUAUCUACUUUGUUUUUGGAUAUUAACAUUUCAGUAUACAUUAUUAGGUAUAUUUAUAUUGUUGUCUGCAUGUUAUUUAUUAAUGAGAGGAGAUUUUAAGAAGUGUUAAAAACAUACGUAGGGUAGGUAGGGGAAAAACUCCGUAAUCUUUACUAUUGUUAAUGUAGUGAGAAGUCGAAUAAGUAUUUUUUAAAAAUUAAUAUGAAGAUAUCUGGGUAAUUUCUUAUAAAAUAUUGGGUCUGUUUAUAUGCUGCAUCUGACUAUUAGUUAUCCACAAAAUUAAACUUUUGUUCAAAAAAGCAUUUGCGGGGAUUUUCUCCUUGAAAUGGGGUAAGUCACGGCGGUGCGGUGCUUUUCCCCUUAUCGUGAUAAAAGUUUAUAUACAGGGUGUCCAGAAACUCUCCUGACAAAGGCCGCAGAUUCCUCAGAUAAUUGUGUAAGACGAUAUAAUACAAUUCGCCUAGUCCAAAAAUGCUUCCCAAUGGAGCUAGAGCUCUUUGAAGAUGAAGCCUUGUAAUUCGUUUGUUUUUAAUGAUUUCAGAACGCUUUCACUUAUAAAAAUGAAAACUGGUACCAUUAUUUAUUCUCCAGAGUUGAAUCGAUUUUAUGAAUUGCAAAUUUCUAGUACCGUUCAUAGGCGUCCGUUUUGGGUAGGUCAACGGGUAUUUUAACGGAUAACUUUUGAUUGGAUAUAGCGUAUUUAAGGAAUAGAACUACGAAGGACCACCAGCCUGGGGCUGGAAUGAAAAACAGAUUCAAACACGAACUUAUAUUUAAUACUAAGCUUAAGUAGCAAUUUCUGAAAUCUGUCCGAAACGGAAACACUGUGUUAUGCGAUAUUUCAACUAAACUUUCCACUUUUCACUGGCGCUAUUUUCACUAUUAUAUAUAACUAAUUACAAGUAGAAUUGCGUAGCGGAAUGUCGGUUCUAUGUUAACACACUACUGGCAACACUGGCGGUUUGAAUAUCUGAACUGUUUUUAUAUAAAAACUAUACUGCGGAUUGAACAAACACUGAGUACUAUAAAUGAUUGACUUAUAAUCUUAAUGAAUAGUAUUGCGAUGCAAACUAUUUAGUUAUAAAUACAUAUACUAUAUUAAUAAGCGAAUUUGCGAGCUAGCGACUUUAGCUUACGAGAUUUUGCGGCCGACUGUGUUAACAGCUUGGUUUGAACUGACUGAUGAUAUCUAAAUCUGUCUAAAUUAUGUAGGCAGGUAGCGCAGGGUUCCUACCCCAUAAAGGUACCGUUAAAUAUCUUCAAUUAUUUAUUCUAAGAAGGCUUUUAGCCUAUAGACAUGCGAAAAAUGAAUCUCAAGUGAAAUAGAAUUUCACCAACUUCUUUUUUAUUGAGUUUAAUGCGUCGACAACUAAUGGUCAUUGGCAUGGUACAGUGAACUUUUACAGUCAUGUACCUAGUGUAGUGUGUGUAUAGGUGUAGAGUAAUUGUCUUGAUACUUAGCAAAGUAGACGUCAUUGUCUUUGCUAAGAGACGCAAAUUGUAUCCGAACGUCUGCGGUCCCUCCGGUGAGUACCGAUCGCACAAUGAUAGAAAUUAUUUUCAUUUAUUAAUUUUUAAUAAACGAAAAUUUCUCCACCCAGGUGAGAUUCGAACUCACGACCUUUGCUUUCAAAGGUAGGCGCUCUUGCCACUGAGCCACAGAGGGGGUUGGAUAACUUUUUUGUCUGUAUUUUUUAAGCAUUUGUGAUACUAGAUAAUUAAAUUUGUACAUAUUCUAGUACUAAAAGGUACUUUUACUUUAAUACUGUAGGAUACACCGUUUUCUAGAAAAAUCGAUUUAAGGUUUUUUUAAGCAGGAAACCUCAUUGUUUGUAGCAGUGCUUGUACCUUUGUAAAAUGAAAGGAUAUAAAUUUUCGUUGUGUGAGAUAUUUCUUGUAGAAGAUUUUGAAAUUGUGAAAUACAUGACAAAUAGACUUCGAACGCUAAUUUCUAAAUUGUCUUAAACUUCUAUUAAAGUGACAUCUUGAUGUGCUGUUAUAUCAUUUUGUCGCUGUUUCAUUAUUUUUUGGGAACACUGAACUUGUUUCUCUUAGCCGGAAAAUUUUUUAGCGUAUCUACUUUACUGCUCGAGCGUUAUACCUCAGUUCGCAAUAAACUAAAUGUAUAUCAGCGUAUUCCUCGUUAGUAAAAACCAUUUUUAUUGAAUUGAAAUUAUUGUUUGAAUGCCCCAAAGUAAAAACUAAAAGAGAAACUUCUGUUAGAUAGGUUAUAGUUCUGUUGACAGUUCAAAGCCUACUAGUGCAAAAAAUAUUAAUUUAGCUUUCAUGACGAAACAACGAAAAAUUUUCAAAUCUAUUUUUCUCAAAAUUGGUGUAUCCUACCGAUAAAGUACCUAGGAGUACCUUUUAGUACUAGAAUAUGUGCAAAUUUAAUAAUCUAGUGUCACAAAUGCUUAAAAGUUACAGAUAAAAAAGUUAUGCGUUGAAAUUCCCGUUGACCUACUCAAAACGGACACCUAUGAACGGUACUAGAAAUUCGCAAUUAAAGGAAUCGAUUAAACCCUGUCAGGAAUUUCGUUUGUCAGGGGAGUUUCUGAAAACCCUGUAUGUAUAAAUAGUUCAGUGAAAAUGAAAAUAAUCGGCAUCGGAUUCCCAAGAUAAUUGUUCUUUGGAGUUUUUAUUUGUCUUUUUUGGGACCAUAGAUAGUAGAAAAAAAGUUUUAUUUACUUUCUUUGUCAGACGCUAUUAUCCUUACAAAGCUCUUGUUACCUUUUCAGCUAGUUGUUUAUUAUUUUCAGCUUCUUUCUUUUCCAAAUACUCUUUAGUAAUUAUUGAAGUCAGCAACUGUGACUUCAAUUCUGUUUUAAUACGCUUUCUCUAAUUUUUUUUGAAGUAGAGGAAUUAUAUCUUUGGGAGUUAAUACGUGAAUUUGAGAAGUAAAAUCAUCUCCCCUCGUAAAGGAUGUAAUUUCAUGUUGGGACUUCUACGUGAUACUUAAAUGCCCCCUCUUGAGUGUUAAGUUUAACUUGCCAGUGUAGUCACUGGUAGGUAGUCACAAAAUGCAUUAGAAUCUUCUUUACGGGUACUUUCAGGUACUUUUCAGGAAUUACACUCACACCGGCAUUGGCGCUGGCACUUUCUGCAAAAUCAGGGUUGUUAUAGUAGGCAAUAUUUUCAACCAAACUGUUCUACGGACGCACCAUCACUAUUUAAUAUAAUUAAAUUACAGCAAACAGCACUCUACACUCUACUAACGAACUGCUACAUCACUAUUCAAAAUAAUUAAAUUACGGCAAACAACACUUUAAACUCUCCUAACGAACUGCUUCCCAACUAAAUAUAUAGAUCGGUUUAAAACGUUGUCCUACGUCUUCCGAUACCCAGUUGCGACUCCUCUAGAUUCAUCCAUAAGUCUUCUUCUAUGUCUCUGUCUUUCAUUUCUCUAUUGAUGCCUUCUCUCCAACUAAGGCGGGGUCUUUCUCUUUUUUUUUUCUACCGUGAGAGGUCCACAUUAAGACUUGUUUUGGGAGACGUUCUUCAGACAUUCUGUGUACAUGACCGUACCAUCUGAAAUGUUGGGUACCAAUAUCGUUUACUAUUGUAUGUUUUACUUUCAUAAUUUCUCUUAUUCUGUUGUUCAUUACUCUUUCUAGCCUAUAUUUUCCAACUGAAGUUUUCUCUUGUAUCUUUCCUUUAUUUGCCAUACUUCACUACUGUAGGUAAUUAUACUUUUAAUGAUUGUGUUAUAUAUCUUGUGUUUGUUAUUUUGUUAUUAUUAGAGAUUGAUUGAUCCUAAAAGAUACUAUUGAGAAGGGAAAUUGCUUUUCUUGCUUGGUUGUUUUUCUCCUCAAUUGUGUCGUCUUCGUUGUGUGACGUUGCCUUCUUUUGUGAUGAUCAUACCUAAUUAUUUAUAUUUGUUGCAACGUUUGAUAACUUCUCCAUCUUCCAAUAUGAGGUCCUGUUAUUUCCCGCCGAUACACAUAUACUCGGUUUUUUGGAUAUUGAUUUCAAGUUCCCAUUUUUUAUACUCGAUUAAUUUUCGAGUCAUAUACUCAAUAUCUUCAUAAUAUUGUGCUAUCACUAGUUGAUCAUCUACAAAUGACAAAUUGUAUAUGCUAUUGUUGUUAAUCGGCAUUCCCAUAUUUCUACAUUUGCGCUUCCACAGUUUUAGAGCCUGUUCUAGAUAAAUUUUAAAUAAUGUCGUGGAGAGACAGCAGCCCUUCUUAAGGUUUUUAUUUAUUUGGAAUCCACUUGACAGAUUAUUUCUAACCUUUACCUCUGAGUUAGCAUUAGUGUACAGUUCCUUCGUCGCAUUUAUUAAAUUCAUCCUUAUGUUUGUUUUCUCUAACACUUCCCAUAAUUUAUAAUGUGAUACCCUAUCAUGAGCCUUUCGUAGGUCUACUUACAAUAAAUGUACUUCUUGAUUAAUGGCUAUUUUCUUUUUAAUAAUUUGUGUAAUGCAAAACAAAGGGUCAACAGUAGAUCUACCUGCCCUAAAUCAUCUCUGUUCAUCAGCCUCUAAGUCUUUUUAUUCGCUUUCUAUUCUGUUUUUAAUUAUUUUCCCGUAUAUUCUGCUGACCGAGUUUGUUACGACAAUGCCUCUGUAAUUGUCUCAUUCAUCUCUUCUGCCUUUUUUGUGUAUAGUAUAUAUGAAUGAUGUCUUCCACUCCUCUGGGGUUGUCAUUCCAUUAAUGCAGUUUUGGAAAGGUUUGGCAAAAACGUGCAUAUAGUUUGGUUGUACUGUGUUUAAUUAACUUUGCAGGGUGUUACCUGGACCCAGUGCUUUGUUAGUUUUUAGAGAUCUACAUACAUCUUCCACUUCUUUCAUUGUUAUUCUUAUAGACGAAGUUAAAAUAUUUAUAUUUUGUGUUUCGUUGCUGUCUUUAAAUUUUGGUCUAUCUUCCCUUAGGAGUUUCUCAAAAUAUUGGUCCCAGUCAUCCAUUGUUAUUGUUGACACUAUGUCUCUCUUUUUAUCUUGUCCCAACUAAAACGCUUACCAAACUACCAAAGUAGAUGGUCGCAUUUAAAGUGUUCCGCUAUAUCUAUAUGUUACCGCGACUAUACCAACGGACACGACGGCGCUAUUUUAGUUAUUAUAAAAGAAGAAAAACUGAACUUAGAAGUGAAGUAGAAAAAUAUACUAAGGGUUUUUCAUAACUUCCUCCUUUAGCAUGAAUCUAAUCAAUAAUAGGAUUGCUUGGCAUUAGUUGUAUUUAGCGUGGGUGAAUAUGUGUAAUAGUGUUAUUUACACAGUUAUCUAGUAUUUUAGUAAGUAAUAAAUUAAAAAAAUUUGCAAAUAUGUAUCUCACAAUUGUGGAUCUGAGUUUUGUACGCAUUAAAUGACUUUUGAGUUUUGUGCAAUUUUUGAGACCCAUAGUAUAACUGGUACAGACUGGUAUGGUUCUCUCUCAUACGUACUAAACUAUUAAAUAUAAUACUAACUUACCUUAUUCAACUUGUUUAUAUCUGCAUACCAUUUGUCGCAAAAAAAGAUGAAAUGUUCAUAUUCCGAAUUGAAAAUAAGUAAUUUGAUUUUAGAAUUAAGUCUUUGUGUAAGAGAAAUAUAUUUAAUAUUGUAAAUAAGAUAUAUUUUUGUAACCAAAUAAAG